CUCUCUUCCCGUCUCUUUGCCGCUUGUUUCCUUCUUCCUGUUUUCUGCUGCCAGCUUCCUGUUCCCAGGCGGCCGGCAUAGCAGCAGGAGAACCAGCCCGCCGGGUCAUUGGACCACUUCAGAUGGGAUCAGCAGCAGAAUCUGCUCUUCAUGUUGGAGUUUUACUUGUUUUGAUUCAACGCCGUUAAUCCGGAGCUGAAUCUGUCUGCCCAGCAGGAGGCGCUGCAGCAACAGAACUGGGUCCGACGGGCCGGACCCUCUCUGGCUCUGGUUUUGGUUCUGACCUGGAAGAAGUUUUCUUUGUUGAACACCCCCUGCAGGCCGCCAUGGGAGCCGCAGCAGCUGCCUGAGCGUCUCACCUGUUGGAUGGCUACAGGUGAGAACCACUGGAGGGUCUAUGAAGUGGCUCAGCAGGUGAGGAACACCUGGUGGCACGCCACAGGUGAGCCGGGCUCCGUGGACAGGACCGGAGUGACGAGGGGGCGGAGUCACAUGGGAAGUGCAUGCCAUGGAGGUCAAAGGUCAACUCAUUUUAGCACCUGAGCCCCUCACCUGUCCAAGCAGGAGGCAAAAAGAGCGAAUGGCAGAGCUGCAGGAGAGGAGGCGGAGCCUGCAGGUGCUACUGAGCGCGAGAUUGGCCGAGCUGAGGCGAAUCUGCCUCCAGGAGGCGGAGCUGACAGGUGCGGUGCCCAGCGACUUCCCUCUGGAGGCGGGCGAGAAGCCGCCCUGCAUCCGCAGACGAGCGGCUCCGACCCGCCAGGGGAACAGGAAAUGUCGAGUGGAGCAGGAAGAAGAUGGCCAGCGGUCCAAAUCCAGAAAAACGCUGUUCAGCGCCGCGCUGAGGAAACACAGCGACUCUGAGAAUGGCACACACACUCACACACACCACGGCAAGAGGACGGUGCACCGGGGUUGCCACACAGAGGAUACGUUGAGAUCAGAGAGCAGCUCCACGUCAGACUCAGCAGGAAACGACAACGACAACGGUGGGUCUCAGUGUCGCCCCCUGCUGGUUUCUGCUGGGUCUCCUGUGGAGGUUUUCAACCAGAACAAAACCAAGAAGUCGUCGGUGCUCAGCAGGACUGAACACCGUGAGAACAACAAGCCCCCUCCUCUGCCCCCCUCGCAGCCUCCCCCUCCCCCUCCCCGCUCCCAGGACUCCUCCUCCUCCUCCGACGCGGGGCGGGAGGCGGGCUGUCGGGCGUCGCGCCAGAGCAACGGCUCUGACAGCCUCCUGACCCACAGCACCCCCCCGGAGGACGAGGGUGGGGCCCAGCAGGGGGCGCUGCGGCCUAACGGAGCCACUGUUUCCAGGGGAACGAACGCGGCCGGGUCGUUCUGGAGCUCUGAGUCGCUGACGGAACGGCGCGGCAGAAACCACCUCGCGGCCCCGGAGGGGGGGGUCCGCGUCCGAGGGGGGGCCUACAACGAGGUUCUGCUGGACUACGUCUGGGAGAAGCAGCGGCAGCUGCAGCGCCAGCAGUCGCAGCCCAGCAGGCCGCUCCACAGCGCCGGCUCCGCCCAGCAGCCCGUGGGAGCCCCGCCCAUCUACCGCGGUCACCACGGCGACCAGCGCAGAGUCACCGUCACCCGCACCAAGUCCUGUGGCCCGUUCCUGCCAGUGCAACAGAACCACAGUGACAUCACCCAACAGGCUCCGCCCACCAUCCAGCCAGACCCCCACCCCCACCUCCUGCCCCCCCACCCGCCGCAGCUGCCCCCCCAGCAGGACUCCCAGCUGGAGGAGGCCACCCGAAGCCUCCACAAGGCCCUGGCCCUGGAGGGUCUGAGGGACUGGUACCUGAGGAACACCUUAGGAUCCACCCACCAGAACCAGGCCAGUGGAAAGGUCUCGUCAGGUGCCAACUCUAAGCCGAGUAGUGGGGUCAAAGGUCAGACCGGAGGGGUUGAUGCCCUGCAGCGAAGACGCACAGCCCACGGAGUCCUCCAGCAGUCGACCUAUCAGAGUCAUCACUACGCCGCGCCGCAUCACAAGCAGACGCUGCCGCACUCCGCCACGUUCCACGGACAUCCGCUGCACGGGAGGUCUGUGGACAGCUCGCUCUACCAGGACUCCUGUCUGUCCCAGAAACAGGAAGUUCCCCUCAGAGACUUGGCGGUGGACCAGCCGUCUCCUGGGACUCUGGUCUGAUCACCAGCCAAUCAGAGGAAGAGACUUGGACGGAAACCGGCCCUGUUCUAUGGACCUCCUGUGAUUGAGUGAUGAUGAACCAGUUGACCCAGUUCAGAGACCAGCCAAACACCCAGACGCCCCAUGAACCUUAAAGACAGGUUCGCCUCACCAAGACCUUCAUCUGACCUGAGAGGGUCUGCUAAGGAAGACCAUCUACUCAUCAGAGUGUUCAGUGGUCUCUGGAGGAGUCACGAACCUGAACCAGAACCAGAACCUGCCUGAACCCAGCAGAGGACCGAUGGUUUACCGCUGUUUGAGAGAACAGUGUCCAACUGGAGUCACUGGUUUGGGUCAAGAAGGAACCCUGCACUGAGGAGCAAGAGUCCCUCACUUCUCAAGGUUCCUGGUCCGGAAAGGUUCCCGUUAGCCGGUUCUCGUAUCGCCACAGCUGGACUGUGGAGCGCCAACCGGUCCAAGUUCUGGGUUCCUGGUCCUCAAACUCUGCUCAGACAAUCAGACUCUUUCUCAGCCACCAGGGGGGAACCUGUACGCCCCAAAGACAGAGCCUCACCUGCUCUCUGACAUCACCAGCUGACAUCACCAGCCCUGAUCAGCUCAGGUGUCAACCUGUUAAAGCCUCAGGUGAGUCCAGACCGGAAGCAUCAGGUAACUUUGCAGUUUAGACUCAGAAUCCCUGCACUAUGAAUCCAGCACCAAGUUUCAUCCUCAAACCAGCAAGACUGGACCUGCAACAGGACCGGACCGGCCCGGUUCUGGCCGGCUCAGAGAACUGAGAUCCAGGACAAAGAGAUCAGGGAAUCCGGGUCCAGGAGAAAGUUCUGGUCCUGAAAUGACACAAUCCAGAUCUCCAACAAGUUAGGAAUGUCACCAGAACCUGGAGGAAAUCCUGUCCCGGAUCCGGACCUCCAUCUUCAUCAGGACCCAGAUCUGGUCCUGGGUUUUGGGCCCGGUCAACUUCAGGUCAUAAUCAGGAUGCAGGUUUAGUCUGAAGCAAUAAAAGGAGCUUCAGGUUUAAAGAGCUUCAGAACAAAAGAACCAAAAACAAUCAGAACGACAAUCAGACGAUGAUGUCACUGCGGUGAUUGAUUUCAUCAUCGAUUGACUGUUUGGUCUCGUUUUCUACGGAUCUGAUGUCAUCUGAUUUUAUACAAACUUUUGUUACUGAAAUGAUGCUUUUUAAUGUAGGACAUCAGUUUUAUUGAGAAGAAUCAGUGUUCACACACACCUGUCCUCACACACACACCUGUUCUCUUCACACACACCUGUCCUCACACACACCUGUUCUCUUCACACACACCUGUCCUCACACACACCUGUUCUCUUCACACACACCUGUCCUCACACACCUGUGCUGUUCCACACCUGGGCCUGUAUUCUCAAAGACUCCUGAGACAAAGUAGCUGAGUGGCAUUUAAUGUAAGUUUAGUUUCAUCGUUUUCUUACUCCAGUCUGGAUUCAUUUCUGUCACUGGAGGCGUUUUUGUUUUUUUUUUGUUUGUUUUGUGUUUCAACCAAUCACAGCCAAGCCUGAACCUGUUGAUUUAUUUUAAAAAAGAUAAAAGAUACCAAGAGACAUUCUAGUUUCAUGACAUGAGAGGAUAUGAGUUUAUUUGUAGCCUUCGGUUCACCCUCCUCACCAGCAGGUGGCGGCAAUGCUCCACUAAGUUAUUGGCAACAAUCAUUGAAUAGAUGAAGAACCCUAACCCUAGAAAACAGCGUCACGCGUCAUGCCUAGCAACGGGGUCAACCAUACCUAGCAACGGGUGAACUUCGGAGUUUGAGGAUCUUUGUGAAUACGGCCGGUACUGUUCUACACCUGCUGUGUUCGCCUCACCUGUCCCUGAGGUUCUGUGUCUGAUCCAGUUACUCUGCUGGGUCGCUGCAGCUCAGAGGUCUGAAUUUUCUUAACGAUGAAACUUUUUUUUUUGUUGUUAAAUAUGGAUAUUAAACCUCAGUCAUGAAUAUGAACAGGAACCGUAAAACAAGCCCCGCCCACUCCUAUGGCGCUGCCCUUCUAUUGGUUGCAGCCUCUCAGGUGUUUGGUUCUGGUCAUGUGACCGCAGCUGGACACGCCUCCUUCGCCAGAGCAGAACCUGAGGACCUGAAACUGGUUCUGCUGACAGCCCAGAACCAGCUGGUACUAGUCGGUAUCCGCUGGGAUUCUGCAGGAGUUCUGAUCUGGUCGGGAGAGGGAUGGGGGAUCCGGUUCGGUUCUGACGGUGUGUGUGCUGCAUGUUCUCUGUCCAAUCAAAACCUGUUCAGGGACGUGUGUUCUGAAAGCUCCAGAACCGGACCUGGCCGGUACCGUCGCAGCUUCUGUGAUGGACUGAAUGUUUUUUGUAGUUUUUGUGUGUAAAUAAAACUUGUGAAUACG